UGCAGCUCCGGUAUAUAUACUGGACAGCUCUUCGGCAGACUCACUCUGCUCCCGCUGUCCAUCUCCGACACAACAUGAAGGUUUAUGUCCUCCUGAGUACGCUGGUAUUGUCGGUCGCCGCCGAAGCUCCGGUCGACCGGUCGUACCUGCCUCCCAGCUCUGAGUACGGACCUCCCUCGGCCUCCUCUCUCAGCUCUCAGUACGGCGCACCAGCAGCCAACGGCCUCAGCACUCAGUACGGAGCUCCUGCGCUGACAGGCGCUGCUUUCGGUCGCUCAGGCGCUUCCAGCCAGGGUCCAGCGGCUCGCGUCUCCUCCAGCUUCGGAAGCGCCUCCUCCAGGAGGUUUGGAACAGGCAGGGGGAUCGGCGGUGGUCUCUCCACUCGCUAUGGCGCUCCUUCGGCAGCUGGUCGCGCCACUGGCUUUGGAGGACUCGGUCUGUCCACACAGUACGGCGCGCCUUCUUACUCUGGUGACGCACUCUCCACUCAGUAUGGUGCGCCCUCUGGUGGGGUCUCUCCAGUGUAUGGAGUGCCCGGAUAUGGCUACGGUCGCGCUGGAGCCCAGGAGGAUCCACUUGCUGAGCCGGCCAACUACGAGUUCAGCUACUCGGUGCAGGACGGCGAGACGCUGAGUGACUUUGGACAAGAGGAGUCCAGGCAGGGAGAGAGCGCCCAGGGCCAGUACCGCGUGCUGCUGCCUGACGGCCGCAAGCAGAUCGUCUCCUACCAGGCGGAUGAGGGCGGCUACAGGCCCACCAUAGAGUACCAGGACACCGGACUCACCGCCUACUCCGCCGGCGGAAACGGCUACGGCAGGAGGCGCGCUGGAGCUGGAGCUGGAAACGGCGGAUACCACUACUGAGGACACUUUUACACCGUACAACCUCGAGGAAUCUAAUGUUCUAUGAAUAGCUACUAUCUUUUGUACAUACUACAGUACGUAUCUCUGUGGGUGAAGUCUAUAAUUUUUUAUAUAUCUGAAGAAAUAUCUGUGUGAGAGUGAUGUAACUACGUAUAUAUUUUUUGCACAUAGUGAUUUGAAUAAACAGGAAAUCAUUUAUA